CGUCCCGCCCGCCCGGGCGCACCCCCGGCCCCGCGCGCCCCCGGAGUUCCGCGUGGUUGGCCGGCCGGGCGCCGUCGGUCCCCCUGCGCGCUGCCUUCCGCGUUCCGCCGCGGCCCCUCCGGGCGCCCCCGCCCCGCCGCCCGGGCCCCGCGCCAUGGCCGGAGCUCCCGGGGCGCCGCGCUGACGGCGGCCGGCGGAGCGCGCCAUGCCCAGCAGGACCGACCCCAAGAUGGACGGGAGCAGCGGCCGCGUCCGCCUCAAGGCGCACUACGGAGGGGACAUCUUCAUCACCAGUGUGGACGCCGCCACCACCUUCGAGGAGCUCUGUGAGGAAGUGAGAGACAUGUGCCGGCUGCACCAGGAGCACCCACUCACCCUCAAGUGGGUGGACAGCGAAGGUGACCCUUGCACGGUGUCCUCCCAGAUGGAGCUGGAGGAGGCCUUCCGUCUGGCGCGUCAGCACAGGGACGAAGGCCUCAUCAUCCAUGUGUUCCCGAGCACCCCCGAGCAGCCAGGCAUGCCGUGUCCGGGAGAAGACAAAUCCAUCUACCGCCGGGGAGCCAGAAGAUGGAGAAAGCUGUACCGUGCCAACGGCCAUCUCUUCCAAGCCAAGCGCUUUAACAGGAGAGCGUACUGCGGCCAGUGCAGUGAGAGGAUAUGGGGCCUCGCGAAGCAAGGUUACAGGUGCAUCAACUGCAAACUGCUGGUCCAUAAGCGCUGCCACGGCCUCGUCCCGCUGACCUGCAGGAGGCAUAUGGAUUCUGUCAUGCCUUCCCAAGAACCUCCAGUAGACGACAAGAACGAGGACGCGGACCUUCCUUCCGAGGAGACAGAUGGAAUUGCUUACAUUUCCUCAUCCCGGAAACAUGACAGCAUCAAAGACGACUCCGAGGACCUUAAGCCAGUUAUCGAUGGUAUGGAUGGAAUCAAAAUCUCUCAGGGGCUCGGGCUGCAGGACUUCGACCUAAUCAGAGUCAUCGGGCGCGGGAGCUACGCCAAGGUUCUCCUGGUGCGGCUGAAGAAGAACGACCAAAUUUACGCCAUGAAAGUGGUGAAGAAAGAGCUGGUGCAUGAUGACGAGGAUAUCGACUGGGUACAGACAGAGAAGCACGUGUUUGAGCAGGCAUCCAGCAACCCCUUCCUGGUCGGGCUACACUCCUGCUUCCAGACCACCAGUCGGCUGUUCCUGGUCAUUGAGUACGUCAACGGUGGGGACCUGAUGUUCCACAUGCAGAGGCAGAGGAAGCUCCCUGAGGAGCACGCCAGGUUCUACGCGGCCGAGAUCUGCAUUGCCCUCAACUUCCUGCACGAGAGGGGCAUCAUCUAUCGGGACCUGAAGCUGGACAACGUCCUCCUGGACGCGGACGGGCACAUCAAGCUCACGGACUACGGCAUGUGCAAGGAAGGCCUGGGCCCUGGAGACACGACGAGCACUUUCUGCGGAACCCCAAACUACAUCGCCCCCGAAAUCCUGCGGGGAGAGGAGUACGGGUUCAGCGUGGACUGGUGGGCGCUGGGCGUCCUCAUGUUCGAGAUGAUGGCCGGGCGCUCCCCGUUCGACAUCAUCACCGACAACCCGGACAUGAACACAGAGGACUACCUUUUCCAAGUGAUCCUGGAGAAGCCCAUCCGGAUCCCCCGGUUCCUCUCCGUCAAAGCCUCCCACGUUUUAAAAGGAUUUUUAAAUAAGGAUCCCAAAGAGAGGCUCGGCUGCCGGCCACAGACUGGAUUCUCUGACAUUAAGUCCCACGCGUUCUUCCGCAGCAUAGACUGGGACUUGCACUGCUCCGUCAGCGGCGACCACUGAGGUGUGCAGCACCGGGUCCCUACCCCUGCUUUCCUCCUGGAGCCAGCCCUCCUGCCCCCUGCCCUGGAGAAGAGAGACCUGUCCGCUGAGGGCCCGCCCACCAGCAGGGCAGAUGCACCUUCCUUACCCCGAGUACCAGGAGGUGGGACCUGUUUCUUCGUCUCAUCGGGGGCUCCCAUGGACUGUGUUCAGACCCCACCCUCUGCCGGGUCCAGGCGCGUCCUCAGUCUCCUGUAUCCCGAGCCCUCCGGUUUGUCUGGGAGCAAAGGCCAUGGGGAAGUUGCUGGGUCCAUCCUGGGUGAGCAUUGAGUGAUGGACAGGCCCAUCCUGCAGGAACUGGGUCCUGACAGCAGGUCCUGGACUGCUGGCUGGGGCUGCCACUCUGAGAGGGUCCCUGUUGCUGCGGGACCCCCAGUGCUUGGUGCAAAGGCCGAGGGUUUGCGGAACACCUGACAGGUACUCCUUGUGAAUAUCAGGGGUCUGGGAUUCGAAGCGCUGGAUUUCCCACAGUGGUCCCAGCCCCCCACGGAUGUGAACGCGGGUGGCGGGUUAACAGCUGAGCCACCACCUGCUGCCCAACCCCAUGCGUCCAACGUGGCUGGGCAGUGCUGCGCCAGCUCGUCUCCCCACGGAUGGAAAUGUUGGCGUGGUGACAGCCGUUCCUCUUGAGAGUCGUUUGCUGCCACGUGGUGGGGAGAUUCUGCCCCUGAGCCAGGAGCGCUUCAGCUCCCACCCCCAUCACGUCCAUGAUGUGGGUCCAGGGCUGCCAGUGGGAGGCUCCACGGAGGAGCAAGGACUCUGAUGCUUCGUGUCACGGGAGCUUCGGGACUUUCCCACACGUGACAGGCACAUUCCUCGGAGCUCGGUGGGAGGAACCCAGCUACUUCAUGUGCUAUGCAAAGAGCCGGUGACAGAGGAGGGGAAGACGGGAAGCUGCGGAGGAGGAUGGGUAACAGGAGGCCCACAGAAAGGACGCCUGGGCCUGGGCAGCGGUGGGACCGGGCGGGAGGCUGCUGUGGGAGGCCUGGGGCGGUGGAGGCUGUCAGGAGCAGGGGUCACAGCUGCAACUUCACGGGGAGGGGUAGGCCCCACAGCUGGGCUGGUGCCGGCCCCGCUACCCAGGGGCCAGUUUUAUGACCUGUGUGGCCAUAAAACUCUCAUGCCUGGAGUGUGUCGAAGGCAGCAGUGCCCUGGCCUGGCCACCGUGAACCCCUCUGUCCUGCCGUGGUGUGUGGCACAAGGCAGGUGUGGUGUAUCCAGCUGGAGCCUUGAGUAGUGGAACCUCAGCCGGGAUUUAGGCCUGUAGGGCUGUUGGGCCCCACAGGGUCGGGGGGUGUCCCUUAUGCUGUGCCGAGGUGCAGGAUC